AUGGCUGCCGUGAAGGCGCGGCAGGUGGCCGAGGCCGAGGCCCGCGACCUGCAGAGCCAGCUGGACGAGGUGUCGCGCAGCAAGUGCGAGGUGGAGCAGCGCGUGGUGAACCUGCAGCGCGAGAAGAACUCGGUGUUGUCGCAGCUCGAGGACCACGAGGACGAGUUGAAGGAGGUGAUGCGCAAGUUCAAGGCGGCCGUGCAGCAGUCGAGUGCGGACCAGGGCCUGUUGGUGGACCAGGCCAACCAGAUUGCCCAGCUGGAGCAGGAACGGGCCAACUUGCGAGACCAGCUCAACGACCUCACGUCCCGGCUCGAGGCCAUGGCCGGCGAGGAGGUGCACGCGUUGGAGGCCAAGAAGCUGGCGGCCAAGAUCCGCCAGUUGGAGAGCCGGUUCGAGUUGGAGCAGUCGACCAAGACGCGGAUGGAGGCCAUCAUCACCAAGCUCAAGGAGCAGGUGGAGGCCCUCAACCAGGACCUGGAGAACUGCCGUCUCCGGGAGCAGACGGCGCAGGAGGGACAGAAGCGGGCCCUGCGGGAAACGGAAGCCAUCAGCAAAAAGGACGCCCUGGAGCAGCAGCUGGACCAGUGCGAGACGGAGAUCCUGACGCUCAAGUCGGACCUGACGCUGGCCCUGAAGCGGAUCGAGGACCUGCAGGCGGCCAUGCAGGACGGACACGACGACUCGGACUCGGACCUGCGACUGGGCUCGAGCGACGACGCCGAGGAGGAUGACGAAGACGACGACGACAUUGACAUUGACUACAAUGACGAAUACGUGGUUGUUGUGGCCAUUGAUAAUCGAGAUGAUGCGUCCAUCUCUGCUCCGCGUCACUUUUGUGAGAGGAUGUUCGUUGUUGUUUCGUUCCCGGAGCUGGAAAACGACCCCCAACUGGGACCAGAACCCUGCAGAACCCCCUCGGAUGAAUCAGGAGUCUGUACCACUCUUGCCAACUGUUCACCAGCUUUGUCGGAUUUGCGAGCAAGUCGCAGCAGACCCAAGAUCUGCGGCUGGGUCGAGGGGCCCGAACUCGGGAGAACCCCCAUGAUUUGUUGUCCCGUCAGUGAUGCAUACACGCAGUCCAUAAUAACGACGACGACGGAUGAGGAGCGUGGAUACAAAAGCACAAACUUGUUUAACGAUGACGUAACCCCGCCUCCAGCACUGCAAGAUGUUGAUGAUGUCACUGAUGCUAUUACCCCUCGACGAGAAAAUUGUGGCUGUGCCCAUUUCGAGGAAGGACGCACGUGCCCAAAGCCAACGGAGAAGCGGAAGGAAAAACAGGCUCCUUUCGUUUUCCUCGUCGGGGACCAACCUGUGGAGAGACCAGGGGAAUAUCCUUGGAUGGCGCUGCUGAGUGACGGCAUCAAGUGGAUUUGCACAGGAACCCUCAUCACCCAUCGCCACGUACUCACAGCAGCUCAUUGCGUACAUUAUCACAAUGUGACCAAGGUGAGGCUCGGGGUGCACAACUUGACAGACGCGACGAGUGGCUCAUUCGGGCAGCAGCAGAAUCAGGAACAGGACUACCCCGUCUCGUCAGUGCUGGCCCAUGGAGGCUUCAAGCCGCCCAGACUCUACGACAACGUCGCCAUUGUCACGUUGAGCCGCGACGUUGCUUUCAAUCGAUUCGUCAGACCCGCCUGUCUACCGACACUCCAAGUGACCCACGGCUUUUCAUCCACUGCCGAUGAUGCGCAUUAUGUCCUGGGAUGGAAAACCUUGAGCACCACCAGCACCAGCAACAAAGUUGAUGAUGGGGCGUCUGACGUACCUCAUCAUCAUCAGGAGCAGCAUGGGACCAGCAUGACGGAGGUGAAAGUGGUCACUGCUCCGGUCGACGAGUGCGAAGCAGUUCACCGACGGGAGACCGAAGACUUCCACGACAAGUUUCCCCUUGGAAUCACGGAGACAUUGGCCUGUGCCGGGUUGACGGGCAUCGACAGUUGUCAGGGUAACCCAGGAGGACCCUUGAUCCGCCAUGAAACCAACUCAGCCACAGGAACGGAUCAGUACACCGUUGUCGGCAUCCAAACCCUUUCGACCCUGGAUCCCAGGAAUGCCCUGUAUUUCAACGAGUUUCUGCAGUGGCCCAACCAGCUUCAUGAAGAGAAGAAGAUCAACAGUCCAUGUGUGACACGGGACGGGACGGCCGGGACUUGCUGGAGAAUAAAACAGUGCGACGCAUACUUCCGUCAUCAUGUAUCAUCGAAGAAUAAGAGGCCAACGAUCUGCGGUUGGGAGGAGGAGGGACGCACACAAUUGCCGGUUGUUCCUUUGAUUUGCUGUCCGCGAGCGAAGAAACUGUAG